AACUGGCUCGUUGAAGCCAGAAUUACGAACGUUUAGUCUCACUUGGAUACUCGUCGCAAGCGGUUGUGUGCGACAACGCGGCGCACUACCAUUUUCCUUAACCGACUCCGAACGCGAACACAACAAACAUAUAGCCGAAUGAAACGAAGAACCACAAAAAAUUGGUGUUGAAUUAAAUCUCCCCAUACACAACUAACUGUAUAUUCAUUAAUGGUGCAAAUACUUGUGGAUUCGUGUGUUUGCGAGGGAAGUGCAAAGAAUUUAGAAAUAAAUGAAAUUAUUAUACAAAUAUAAGUGGCAAAAGUUCGUUAAAUAGUGAGCAGUACGAAAUAACGUUACAAUAUUUAUAUGUGUAUUUGUGUAUGUAUAAAUUAAAUGGUGUAAUAAUCGCAGACGCUGGUUGAAAGAAAUUUACGUACUCCAAAUAUUUAGCUCGCUCCACCUACCCACCAGCUCUACCUACAUUCAAACACACCUCCCACCAGCACCAGUGGAGUAGGAAGUGAUAUUCGUUGGCAUACAUAAAUAAAUAGCACAGGAGCCAAGCAGUUAGGCAGUCAGUCCGCCAAUUGGGUUGUGCCUCCCUGUGUCGGUGUGCCUGUAUGUGUCUAUAUGGUGGAAGUUUGGUGGCCUCAUCGCACAGCUGCAGCUCGUCGAAGGACUAAAUUUGGCAUUUAUGCGAAAGAAAUUAAUUUUAAUUAUGCCUUUGUAUAUGCGUGUGCUCUUUGUAACUGUGUUUGGUGAUAAUUUAAAAAUUGCUACUGACUAAUUGUCAAAGUGUUUGAGUGUGUUAGUAAAUGACAUCAACAAGUAAUAAAACAGAAAUUUUACAAGCAAAAAAGAUGCUGUAAGGCAGGGAAUAAUGUGCAUUUACUAAAAAAAUAUAUAUAUAUAAAAGUAGUAAUAUAUACCAAAAGCGUGUCACAACAAUCAUUUAACGGUUAAUAGUCAGCCAAAGGCAGACAGCACACAUGCAAACAAAAAUGUUAUAGUAUGCAAAGAAUACAAGAUAUUGGCUACACACAAAGUCAAUGUGAAAGACCACCUGUGAGUCACAAUAAUAAUAAUAACAACAACAACAACGAUUCAUAAAUAUUUACACAAAGGAGUCGUCAUAAGACGACAACGCCCCCACCUACAUACAAACGCAAAUAUAAGUAAAUAUAUAUAUAUAUUUUAUUUAACCAGCGUGAGCAAUCGGCGACCAACUCUUAUAGCAAUUAAGCACCCACCUUAUCGACUACGCUUUGCAGCACCUACAGCCCACCUACGUAGACGCCGUGUAAUAGCGACGCUUACGCCACAGCCUACACAUGGGUCGCCGCAAAGAUAAGCCGCGUCUCAUACCGGAACAGGAUAAGCGCAUCUGUCGCGCCAUUUGCCUCUGCCAAUUGACCAUGGUCUUGUCCUGUGUGUCCAUCGUUUACCUGAGCGUUGCCAUCUAUUCGCCAUCACUUAAAGCAUUCAAAUCUGGUUUCGAACUCGACCCCGUCAUGUGCCAAACGGUCGAUCGCCAAAUGCCAAAUAACUGCCCGUGGGCUUCAUGCGGCGAAUGGUGUCUGACGCGUACAAGUGGGUUUUGUCCACAAAUACACUCGGUGGUGCGGCGUAACGGUACCGAUAUUCAACUCAAUAAUUGCACGCGAAUCGCCAAUACAUCCUGUGCCAUGAUCGACAUGAAUCGUUUGAACAAAUUUAACUGCAAUAACGGCACAGUUUGUAAUAAUAUUCGUGGCGUCUUCAACUGCUCCAAUGGUCACUGCAAAAACAUGUCCGAAUUCUUUUUGUGUCAUCACAAGCCUGAUGGUCCCACUAUUAACUCCGCAAAGGACAAUACGAAAUUGAAUGGAUUUUUCGAGUGUCACGGCGUACACUGCACGAAGAUCAAGAAGCCAUUCACAUGCGAUCGUUACUGCACGAAGAUCACAACGACAUCGAUCAAUGUGCUGUUAAUGCAUGAGGACACCGUUAUCACCGCCGAUUGCGACACCGCUGUUGCCUUCAAUGAGGCACGCGGCAGCGAACAUGGUGCUAAAAUUGAACCCACCGAAAUCUGGAAGGAUGAAGAUGGUCAACUGUUGACCAAUUGCGCUACGGUGAAGCGAGAGGGCGAUAAGAUAUUCGCAACAGACUGCCUGAAUGGCACCCUAUUGGAGCCAGGCACACUGCCACAACCAUUCAUGAAUUUCACACAAUUCUGGAGCAUAUAUGCGAAUAGCACACAUUCCAUCGAUCCGGAACAGCGUUUCCUACCCAAUCAGGCCAAUCUGACAAUUUACACGUGGAAAAAGUUAUAUAUCAAUUUGGAGGGCUGCGUGAAUACGUUGCGCGGCGAAUGCAAGGAUUUCGUAGCACGCUAUGGCAACGAUGGCGAUAACAACACAGCGCAGUCACGCUAUCAGUGUUACUACAACAAGGAUCCAGCUGUGGAGUUUGUGGUGGCACGCUACGACUUGGACAAGGUCUAUCGUGAGCUGUUGGUGUCGCUAAUUGUACCGAUUGUUUUGUUUGUGGUUUCAUCGAUUUCACUUUGCAUAAUAACGAAAUUGGUCAAGGUUGGCGACGAUGCCAAAAUGCGCUGUGUCUGCUCGGGUGAUGACUCCGACUUGGAGGAUAACUAUCGUGGUAAACAACGCAAGCAGGGCACACAAAUAUACGAAACGGACGAUGAUAUGGAUAUCAGGCGCAGAAAUAUCGAGGAGGAACCACCCAUCGACACACAUGAAAUGAUCGGUAGCACGAAAUCGCUGAUACCGUUAAGUCCUGCCACCGAAUCGGGCACCAGUGAUCGUACCUACGAUGAUGAGAAAGCUUCCAGAUGCGACGCGCCCGAAAAGCCACUCGUCGAGCUUUAAACGAUAAUUCGACGUUGAAGCGGAGAUUCUAAUAUGCACAACUACAUACACAAAAUAUUCAUGCCGCCAUUUAAAAAACAUCUUGGAACGCGAAAAUUUCAACGGGCGACGAGAAUGACAUCAUUUGUAUUUAUAUCGCUUCAUAAUUAACGAUCAUUUGAUUAUACGAAGACACCAUAAAAUACAAUGACUGCCUUAUACGAAAAAGAAAUACAAAUACAACAACAAAAAGGGAAGCAACUAUUUAGAGAAGUAAAAAUCAAAAACAAAAACACAAAAAUAUUGUAAAACUUAUGUAUACACAAAUAUGUCGUGUAUUCUAUAUGUAUGUAAUUACACAGAUUUACAUAUGUAUUUAGCUUAUCUUGAAUCAAAUGACGAAAUUACUCAAAACUAAAAGUUGCUAACAAAAAAUGAUAUAUGUAGUUUACAGAACAGAUUUUUCAAAAAAAAUUUCGAAGAAAUGUCUUCAAUAACACAAGCUUGAUGUUUGUUUUAACACUGUUUUCAAAAACGUUUCUAGCUUUGUGCAUAUGAGGGUAACUGAAAGUGUUUCUCUUUCAAUGUUUGAGUUUUCGAUUAGUCAAAAUCUUCGAAAUAUAGAUCAAAUAGGUCAGUUUAUCUUCAAAGAGCAUUUUUUUAAUUUGCUGCGAUGAUUCGGAGAUAAAUGAUUCAAUCAUUAUGAUCUGUUCGUUCUAUAUAGUAUAAUUAUCCGUUCA